AAGAGGAAGCGGCGCUGUAGUGCGGAAGCAGCCGGCGGAGGGGCCGCGGUUUCGGUUGGUGCUCGGGGCGGCUGCGGCCGGCGGCACCCCCCACACGUCCCCCCCCCACACUCCCCUCAGCGCCCCGCCAUGGCGGGCAACAUCGGCAACCUGCAGAAAGCAAUAGACCUUGCUAGCAAGGCAGCACAGGAAGACAAAGCAGGCAACUACGAGGAAGCCUUCCGCUUGUACCAGCAUGCUGUCCAGUAUUUUCUUCACGUUAUUAAAUAUGAAGCGCAGGGCGAUAAAGCAAAACAGAGCAUUAGAUUGAGAUGUGCGGAAUACUUGGACAGAGCAGAAAAACUGAAAGAAUAUCUGAAAAAGAAAGAGAAUUCUUCACCAAAACCAGUUAAAGAGUCUGGUCCUGCUGAUGGAAAAGGGAACGAAAGUGAUGGGGAAGGAGAGUCAGAGAAUCCGGAGAAAAAGAAGCUACAGAAUCAACUUCAAGGUGCUAUUGUCAUGGAGCGACCAAAUGUAAAAUGGAGUGACGUUGCAGGCCUUGAAGGUGCCAAAGAAGCUCUUAAAGAAGCAGUGAUCUUGCCCAUUAAAUUUCCACACUUGUUUACAGGAAAGAGAACACCCUGGAGAGGGAUUCUUCUGUUUGGACCACCAGGAACAGGGAAGUCUUAUUUAGCAAAGGCUGUUGCGACAGAAGCCAACAACUCAACUUUCUUCUCGGUAUCUUCCUCUGACUUGGUCUCAAAGUGGUUAGGAGAGAGCGAAAAAUUAGUGAAAAACUUGUUCCAGCUUGCCAGAGAAAACAAACCUUCCAUUAUCUUCAUUGAUGAGAUAGAUUCACUAUGUGGGUCAAGAAGUGAAAAUGAAAGCGAGGCUGCCAGACGGAUUAAAACAGAGUUUCUAGUCCAGAUGCAAGGGGUUGGUGUCGACAAUGAAGGAAUAUUGGUCUUAGGAGCAACAAACAUACCCUGGGUUUUGGAUUCUGCUAUCAGGAGAAGGUUUGAGAAGCGUAUUUAUAUUCCUUUACCUGAACAGCAUGCCAGGGCUUCAAUGUUCAAACUUCACCUUGGGUCAACUCCAAAUCGCCUAACAGAAGCAGAUUAUCGAGAGCUUGGAAAAAGAACGGAGGGCUAUUCUGGUGCAGAUAUAAGCAUCAUUGUACGCGAUGCACUGAUGCAGCCUGUUCGAAUAGUACAAUCAGCUACUCACUUUAAAAAAGUAAAAGGACCAUCAGUGUCUAAUCCAAAUAUUAUGGUAGAUUUGUUCACCCCUUGCUCUCCAGGUGAUCCUGACGCUGAAGAAAUGACAUGGAUGGAUGUUCCAGGUGAUAAAUUACUGGAGCCACAGGUUUCCAUGAACGAUAUGCUUAGGUCGCUAGCUAGCACAAAACCAACAGUUAAUGAACAGGACCUGGAGAAGUUAAAGAAGUUUACAGAAGAUUUUGGUCAGGAAGGCUAAACCAAAGAUGUAUGUGGAACAUUAGAACUAUUUUUGCUUUCUUAAGUAUUCUUGUCUUUAUUGAUGGCACUACAAAUAAAUGCCAAUAAAAUCACUCCUUUCUUACUUCGCAGAAGGAAUAGAAGAUCUCUUUGCAAAGACCCUUAAGCUUUUGUAUUGUUUUGUCUUCCUCAGAUGUCUAUUAAAUGUAUUCUAUUGAAAAAUAAUACUGGAAAGACAACUUUAGGGUGAGGCAGCAAAGUGAUGUGGUAACUCGUAUUAGAAAAUUUUAAAUGAUUAGUUCAGUUUUAGGUAUUAUAUUCGCCCUGGGUACAAGUGAGUUUUAAACUCCCAGGAGGCUCAAAAAGCCCUUUUUUGAGGGGUAGAAAAUCUAUUUGUCUGUGUUUUCAGUAUCAGUCAAUCAGCCUACAUGUUAAUUGCUCUCAUUUCAUUUAGAAAAAUGCAACAAUUUGCUAAUCAAGCAUACUGCAAGUGUGGGUUUGCUAUUAAUGUAAGAAAGAAAACAUUGUGAAGAUAAAUCUCUAUGGGCCAGUACUCUGUUUAAAUACUGAUGGACCUGGUAUUUGGCUUUUUCUGCAAUGCUGUGUUAAAAUUUUGCCUUAAAUAGCUUGUGCUUUUAACCCUUUACUAGCUGAUACACACCUCACUAUGCAAUUUAGCAAAGAUUUGUUAAAUGCAAGUAUCUUGACAGGUUUUGAGUUUUUUGCUGGCUCUUUUUUAAAACUAGUUUUUCUUUCUGCAAGAGUGUGACUGAAGUUACAGACAAAAGUGUGAGUAAGAUUCCAUAUGCCAAGGCUGGCAAGGUGUAAGUCAUCUCUGAAGAAUGUAAAGGAGGUAUUUUGGGCAAUAGCAUACAUUCACAUGAUUUAGCCACGGACUUUGCAGUGAUAAAUUACUCAGAACCCUAUUGAUCAUUAUUGCAUGUAGGUUACAUCAAUCUAGUUCUUAAACUUUGAGAAAAGGCUGGCACUUUAGUAUAGAAGUAGCACUUCCACUGUAGUUCUUAAAAAAAAAAUCAAAAAUCAAGAUGAGAUGUGCCUGAAUGUAACUUCCAACACUACAGUGUCAGCAUUGAGUUUGUGCCUUGUAAGUUUGCACUGGCUGUAGAUACGAAAUGCCAUUAGGAUAUCUAGAAUAUUCUGUCCCACUAACGUUGUACAACUCUAUCCUGCAUAAGCUUUGUUGAACUUGCAUUAAAAUAAAUUUGCACAUUUUGUGUGCGUAUGUUAUAUCUACAUACACACAUGUGAUUGUCUUUGGGUUUUGGUUUCCUUUAUGUCCAUAUUUUGUGUACUUUAUAAAUCAUAGGACUGGUGAAAUUUGCUGUAAUUCAUUUAAGUAAAAUGUACAACAUCAACUGUGUUCUGUGAGUAUUUCUUCAAUGUUAUUUCCAAGAAUUUACAGCUUUUUUUUUUUUUUAGACUUUGAUUUCUGUUUAAUGGCUAACCAAAAUAUUUAGUUACAAAUUCUUUCAGCUGUGAGGUGCUGAGCUUUUGUUUACUAACAUGAUGAAACAUCCUUUCCAAAAUCAUUCAGUUACACACAGCUUUACCUUUGUCUUACAUUGGAAUGUGUAAAUGUCUAUCAGUGGACUGUGAAUCUUCUUGUGGACCUUUGAGUAAGAUGAGGGGUAAAUUCCAGUGUAGAUGCAAGCAACUGUGGUUAGUAAACAUAAUCCUGUUUGCAAUAGGAUUGCUUUUUUUCUUGGUUGCCUCUCGUGUACACUUUAGAAGUGAACCACAGGCUGGCAGGGCUCUUACCUAGAGGUUUGAAGCUACUAUCCGGGGUACUUGUCUCUUGACCUUUUUAAAAUGAGAGUCUUUACUGAAAUCUUAAAAUUCUCAGGAACUGUGUUUUGUUGUUGUAGGCUGAUUUGUCCUAUGGGUUUCUGUAAACCUAACUGUGUAAUCCUUUUAUCUUCAAUGUAGAAAAGUAUACUGUAUGUUUUAAACUCACAUCUUGCUGCUUGCUCAGUUGUGGGAUGACAUCUGUAACAGAAGCAUUAAUGUUUGAUGUUUAAAGUUGUUUUUAAAAAUAUAUUCUAAAUAAACACUGCUGCUUAGAACUGCAGCUCCAAGGACAA